UUUUUUCUAUUGUCAACCGAACAAAAGCGGUGGGCAUUGACGACGACGUAUCCACGUGCCAUCUCGCUUACUUCCAUCUCAUAUCGGAGCACGCCGAGGAGUCGGCGUCUCCUGCACGUUUUGAUGGCCGACGGCCAAACCACUGCUUCAUCUCGCUUCAUCGUUUCUCGCAUCCUUUCUCGCAUCCAACAUAAUCUCAACGGGCUCGUAUUUCGCAAAUUUCGCAAACCUCAGAGCACAGGAUCUAAAAGAACAUCGAAAAUCACCCCUAUCAUGUCCUCACAGCACGACGAACGCGUCGUGCACCUGCGGAUCAAAGUUUCCCACGCGUCCACGUCACCAGCUUCGCCCACCCAAGAGUCGGAACAGGCGGUGGUCAUUACACCAUCCGCGUCUCCAGAUGAGGUCCGGGCGGUACUGUUGGCGGCAGCAGAUGUCUCGCCGGCUCAGGCGAAGGGGGCCGUGCUGAAAGUGAGAGGCGCUGACGGAACCAUUUUGCCGGUCGGAGCGAAAUGGAUGAGGGAUGCGUCGGAGGGUGGAAAGCUGUCGGUGGAAGUCAUCGUUAUGACGGCAGAAGACCCUUCCACAUCCUUGUCCGUUGCUCCAUCGCCCACCGAUUUGAAGGCCAUUCACGAGACUAUUGCAGCCCUGCGCGCGCAACUCGACUCGGUAUCGCUACUGCAAAAGAAUGCCCUGACAAACAACAGGACUCCGAGACGUGCCGUGAAGCGAGUGACCAGAAUUGAUCCGCGCUGUGAGAGCGAGCCACUCUAUCAAUUCACCGAAGACACAAAGAAGAUGCUGAAGACGCCGACGUUUGAUCCAUGGGAUUGGGAGGAUAACGAGAUGAUGGCCCUUCUGGAGUUCAUGUUCUUCGAUCUGGGUCUCGUGAAGGAGUUCAACAUGGAGGUUCCGAUCCUCAAGCGGUUCUUGCGGAGUGUCAGAGAUGGCUAUCAGUCAAAUUACUUUCACAACUUCCGGCACUGUUUCUGCGUGGCGCAUAUGGCGUAUGCCAUCCUCUACACGACCGGCGUGGUAGAGAAGCUACAACCCGUGGAUAAGCUCGUCCUUCUGACGGCUUGCAUUGGGCAUGAUCUAGACCAUCCCGGGUAUAACAACGCUUAUCAGAUCAAUGCCCAUACAGAUCUCGCCAUCAUCUACAACGACCAGUCCCCGCUCGAGAUGCACCACGCUGCGGUCCUCUUCACCAUCCUGAAAGACCCCGCCACGAACAUCCUCUCGACCCUCCCACCAGCGCUGCUCAAGGAUGUCCGCAAAAAUAUCAUCCGCUGCAUCCUCGCAACGGACAUGGCGCAACACGGACCCAUCUUGGCGGCGUUCAAGAAACAUGCCGACGAGGGGUUCAGCUAUGAUGAUCCCGAGCAAAAAAGCUUACUACUGCAAGUCAUCACGAAGUGUGCGGAUGUGAGCAAUGAGGUCCGCCCGCCGGAGGUGGCUGACCCGUGGGUGGACUGCUUGCUGGAGGAGUUCUUUGAGCAGGCUGAUAGAGAGAAAAAGGAGGGGCUGCCAUUUGCUCCUUUCAUGGAUCGCGAGAAGGUCACGAAGGCUUCAGCACAGGUCGGAUUCAUCGGGUUCGUCCUCGUCCCGCUCUACGAACUUGCAGCCAAGGUACUGCCAAAUAUGGAACCCAUCAUCAAUCCUGUUAAGGAAGCUCUGGCGACCUACAAAAAGUUGCUGGAAGAGGAGAAGGCUGCUGCCGUCAAGAGUGCAGCUACCCCUGCACCUGUAGCCAGCACCCCAGCCAAGGCUUAGAGGCAUGCAGGGCCUACAUCUAAUAAUAGAAUUGCGAUUUGGAUGUACACAUACUGUACCUGUCACGUCAAAGACAUUUGCCAGCAAAGACAAUCAGAUUCAUAGUACACU